UUUUUCGCAGGUGGACUGUGAGCUGAGCUGAACUUUGCAGCUUCCAAACUUCUGAGGAGAGAACGAGACACACAGAGAGAGAGAGAGAGAGAGAGAGGAGAAAGACAAAGACAAUAAGAAAGAGAGAAGGCAGAGGAAGGUGAAUUUCAAACAGAAGAAACACUUUUCUUUCUUCAACCAGGACUGAAUUUUUGUUCAAACACAAACCAAAAGUUGACUUUUCUUCAUCUUUACUGUCUCCGUCUUUGAUUCUGCAUCCGGCAGCAUCACUAAAUCUGACCCAGCAGCCAAUCAGGCAACUCCUGCCACCAUGUCUGUCUUACCUCUGCUGAGCUGGACCGUCCUGCUCCUGGUCCAGAGCUGCGGCUCCUCCUCAGACCCGGCGUCCAGACCUCUGUCACUGACCGUCCACCCUCACCACCAGCCGCUGCCGGACGUCGCCUCCAGCUCCCACUGCCCCUCCUGCGCCCUGGCCAGGAUGAGGAGAAACGAAGGGGACGCGGACGACGUGGCGGGACACGACCGGGAGGAGGAGGCUCAGCAGGACGUGGUGGAGGCGGUGAAGAGGCACAUCCUCAACAUGCUGCACCUCCAGGCCCGGCCCAACAUCACCCGGCCCGUGCCACGCGCCGCGCUCCUCAACGCCCUGCGCAAGCUCCACGUGGGGCGAGUGGCAGAGGACGGCAGCGUGCAGAUCGAGGGGGAGGAGGAGACGCGAGGGCGGGGAGGCCGGGGAGAAGGAGGGGGAGGAGCAGUGGCGGCUCGUGUGGCAGACAGCGGCGACGCGCAGGAGACGACGGAGAUCAUCACCUUCGCCGAGGCUGGUGAGUCUCAGGGCAUGGUGAACUUCGUCCUGUCUAAAGAGGGCGGUGACCUCUCUCUGGUGGAGCAGGCUAACGUCUGGCUCUUCCUCCGCUUGGCCAAGACCAAUCGCAGCCGAGCCAAAGUCACCAUCCGCCUCUUCCAGCACCGGCAGCUCCCCAACGGCCGCCCGCCGCAGGACGACAUCCUCCUGGCGGAGAAGACCGUGGACACCCGUCGCAGCGGGUGGCACACCUUCCCGGUGUCGGCGGCGGUGCAGGCGCUGCUGGAGAGCACGGAGAGCACAACACUGAGCCUCAGGGUGUCCUGCCCACUCUGCGCCGAUGCCGGGGCAACGCUCGUCCUGGUGUCCGGCGGCUCGGAGACGUCGACGCGCGCCAACCAGCGGGAACAAUCCCACCGGCCCUUCCUCAUGGCUGUGGUCCGGCCGGAGGAUAGCGGCGACUCUCGGCGGCGCAGGAAGCGCGGGCUGGAGUGUGACGGGAAGGUCCGCGUCUGCUGCAAGCGGCAGUUCUACGUCAACUUCAAAGACAUUGGCUGGAACGACUGGAUAAUCGCGCCGCCCGGUUAUCACGCCAACUACUGCGAGGGGGAGUGCCCCUCCCACGUGGCGAGCAUCACCGGGUCCACGUUGUCCUUCCACUCCACCGUCAUCAGCCACUACCGCAUGAGGGGCUACAGCCCCUUCCAGAACCUGAGGUCGUGCUGCGUGCCCACCCGGCUACGAGCCAUGUCCAUGCUCUACUACAACGAGGAACAAAAGAUCAUCAAGAAGGACAUCCAGAACAUGAUCGUGGAGGAGUGCGGCUGCUCGUAAGACCGGGUCAGGAGAGGAGGAGGACUUCUGAACCCAGAGAGGGCGAGAAACGGGGAGGAGACGGAGGGAGGAGGGAAAGAUGAACAAGUGACUUCAUGAUCGCCGUCACUUCUUUUCCACAGCGCUUCGUCACUCCGUCACUCGGGGCGCUCUCUGGGAAUAAAAACUCUUCUCCGUCCUCAUCCAGCAGAACUCAGAAAGAGUCUCGACGGCACUUUCAGAAAAAAAAGAAAGAAAGAAAAGAUAGAAAAAAAAAAGAAUAUCUAAUAUAUUUUUGUUACAAAAGGAGGGAGCGAGGCUUAUUUAUGUGGCUGAGAUGUAGAAGCACCACUCCACCUGUCAGAUCUUGGAGAGACCAGGUGCCUGAAAAACUACUAGAUCUCAAAACUAUGCAACUUGUUUCACGUAUUACGAUCUUUUUACUUUGUCCUGGGUUUUGUUGUUUGUUUCCCAACUGUUUACUUUUUUCAAAAAGUACAAGGAAGAAAGAAGAAGACUCUUUUGUAUUAUUUUUGGAAGUACACAUUUGUGAUGUGUGUGUGUGUGUUUGUCCAUUCAAGUGUGCAUAUAUGUACGUUUGUGUGUGUGUGUGUGUGUGUGUGUGUGUGUUGAGAGAUACUUGAAGGAAACAAGUUGGCCGGCUGCUGGAACCAAACACUUCUUUAUAUGUUACCAUCGUUACCAUGUCGAUGUUAUAAUUAUUAUUGUCAGUAAGUAUAUUAAUAAUAUUAUUGUUAUUGUUGAUAAUAUUUUUAUGUGGCUGCAUUUGUGUUAUUAUGUCUGUUAUUUCUUUUCUUUUUUAAAGAAACGUUACAAACGUUUUCAUGUUUUGCACUAUAGCGACACUCGUGCUCAGAUUAGCCAGACUGAAGAGACCCUCAGAGAGACGGGAGCUUCCUGUCCGGGGUAGAGAUCUGAAAGGUUGGAUCCCCACAGUAGGCCAGGUGUAGGUCAAACAUCGUCAUACGUUGAGUGCAGAGUCUUGGAAAACACAAAAUGUCUGUUGGUUUCUGAAAGAUUCAAAGACUGAAUUUCAUGUUUACCGCUCUCUCUAAUCCUAAACUGGGUAAAGGUUAAAAACAAGUAGCUGCAGUCAAGCUAACACACAAGCUAAGUAUUAGGGCUGUAGCCAGGAUUACUGAGACACACUAUUUGUAUUUUUCAUGUUUUGCUAAAAUGUGUUUAACUGUUUAAUCACAAUUGUGCAUUUUAUUUCCAACAUGGAGGUCUAAACGUUUUGUCAAAGCCUUCUCCAAACUGCCAGAAAUAACAAUCUGACUGGCAGAAAUGCUGCAUAUUUAUUUGAUGUUUCCAAUAAAAAUACAGAGUACUCGAUCUCUUCGAUUCAUUUUAAUAAAAACAUUUGCAAAAUCUCCACCAAAACUCACAUUAGAAGAUAUUGAGAACUAAACAACAUGUAGGAUUUCUAGAGAGAAGUUUCCCCAUUUGCUCCAAUACAGCUGCAGAUUUCUGGCAGCUAGUGGCCGUUAGAGGAACUGCAGGUUAGGAGACUUUGGAGGCUUCUCAUUGGAUAAAUCUACAGCUAACAUGUUGGUGAUAUGCUAUGCUAGCCGGUCAGUUAGCACAGUUGAAACAUUUUCAGUCAGUACCAAGCGAAAAGGUAUAAACACAUGAAUAAAAAUAGCUUGUAGAGCAUGGCAUUGAUACGAGUGUUGACGUGAUGACUGAGAGCCAAUGAACUUACAGGCAGCAGCAAUUGUCCACAAGAUGCACCACGAACCUUCUGUCCGUCCGUCCAGUCAGAUGCUUUGAGGACUUGUGUUAAAGUGGAGAAUAAAAAGCACUUAGAGGAAUAAUCAAAAUGCAGAUUCGGCUCAUAAUUAAAAUUCUAAAUGGGCUUUUAGAUCUCUCAUAUCUCGGGUCCAUCUUAUGUCCUUCCUGUUAGCUUAAAUAUUUGGCUCUAAUCUCCAAAUACCACAGUAAAAAGAACAAAAACACUAAAAGCACUAGAACAAACCCCUUAAAACCAUGUCUGUAUCUUUGUCUCUGGUGGAUGUUUACAGCACUUAAACUAGCUGACUGAAGCUAAUUAGCAUUAGCCAAGGAAGUUGUUGUUGUUUUAAAACACAAAAUGCAUAAAUUUUUCCCUUGAACAUCCUUUAUGUUUUGUUAAAUCAAGAUUAAAGUUUUAAGGGAUUCGUUCACAGAGGCUCUGUCGGUUCAUCUUUUUUAUUUUUUGUGGAUAGGUUUUUAAUCCGUUAUGAAUGUGACCUCUGAAAACAAUUGUUCAUUAGGCUAAUCCCUCGUUAGCUGGUGUCAGACGCCUUUAAAACAUAUUUAGUGGGUAAUCAGUGGAGAUGGAGGAUUUUGGGAGACCACAAAACAUAUUGACUGUUUGCCUGUUUAAAGAAAAUGAAUCUCUUCAGGGAGACGUGAACUUAAAACCACCUUAAACCAAAUAUGGUUGCAACUCAAGAUAACUCUUAUUUCACAUGUUAGGGGUUAUUAUGGGGUCUGUGGUCUUAUUGGAUCAAUAUAAGUUGUCUUUUGACAUGAAUAACAAUGUGAACCUGCACAGAGCCUCCGUGCACCAACCCUCUCUACGCUGUGGCAUUUUAAACCUGAGUUAUUGGUGAAAUUCAUAAUAAAAUAUGUGAUUCAAAUGUUUUGGGUUGUAGUGAUAAGCAGCAAUUUAUCACAACGUAUUCGUUAAUUUUCCCACAGUUCACAGUGAAAUACAAGGUUUUUCAGAUGAUCCCGUUAGGUCAGUGUGUUUAGUUUGAGAAGAAACAUUUUGUUUUUGCUCUGGAGAAAACCUCCAGGGCCCAGUUUUAGUUUUGCUUUAGAACACCAAAGAGUCCAGUUUGUGCACUUGUUUAUGUGAGAGACAACUGUUGGAUUUAAUGAUGCAGAAAAAAAA